UCUGCGUAUGGGUUGAUAAGUCUCGUGAAUACAUACGGAUUGGAUAUCAAAUCAUUAAUAAAUGGUUUUAUCAAAUAUGAUAACGGAUCCGGAGAUGAAGUGGUCAUCAAAUCCAUUGGUUUACAAAACCAAUCACUAAAUGCUUUCGAUUGUUAUUUAAUGGGAAAACUAACGUUUGAAAACAUGGAGUACUCGAAUGCAAUGAUAUGGUUAACUCAAGCCAUCACUAAAAUUGAUAACAAGACCACCGAUGAGACAAUUGCAGAGACAUUCAAAUACUUGUCCUCUUGUGAACAAGAAAUAGGAAUUUCAAGUGAAGCCCAAAGAUAUUUGAGAAUUUCAAUGGCUAUUAAACCGGACAUUGAAUCUGUGAAACAACAGAUCAAAUCCGAAAUUAAAUUGAAUCCAAUUUACGGAUUGAGUGAAAACGGGGAUCAGUUGUGUAGAGGAGAAAAACUUUUAAACGAUUCAAUUGUCUCACAAUUAAACUGUUAUUUCCUAAACACGACUGAAAUCCCAUUUUUACGGUUAACUCGUAUUAAAGUGGAAGAGAUGUAUAAAAGACCGCAAAUUCUUGUAAUCCAUGAUUUCAUGUCAGACAACGAAACACAAACCAUGAUAUCAAUGACCAAACCAUCGCUUCGUCGGCUAAAAGUAGUAAAAAAUAAUGAAUCAGAUUCAGAUGAAGUGGGAUUCAAUAUUAGGGUAGCGAACGGCAAUUGGUUGUACGAUAAGUAUCACCCGGUGUUGCAAACUGUAAGCCGACGUAUCGGUGCCAUCACUGGCCUCAACACAACUUAUGCCGAAGCAUAUAAUGUUAUCAAAUAUAGUGUCGGCGGUUAUUAUGACUAUCAUUACGACUCGUCCAACGCCUAUCGGGAGAGUAACGGAUCCCAACGGAUCGGCACUUGGAUUAACUACUUGGCCGAUGUGGAGGCCGGCGGCGCCACUGUAUUCCCCCUCUUGAAUGUAACCGUUUUGCCCGAGAAGUCUGCGGCACUUUUCUGGCAUAAUCUAUACGACUCGGGAGACACCGAUCGGUUGACACUUCAUAGCGAAUGUCCAGUACUGGUCGGCGACAAAUGGAUUGCCACCAAAUGGAUCCGUACUUAUGGACAAGAGUUUCUUAAACCCUGUUUGAAUAAAUCUGGUGGAAUUUCAAUUACUUUGAAUGAAGACAAGGAAUCACUUCUAAGACAUCCAAUCAAUGUCUAUCUUCUCACCAGAAGAAUAGCCAUUGAAUGGCAAGAAGUGAAGCAUUUAUUGGGAAAGAAAGACAAACCUUUGUUUGAUAUUCAACGCAAUCUCUUUGGCGUCGAUUGUAAUCGAAACACAACUUUGAAAAACACGUCCGAAAUAAUGACACGAUUUGACGAUAAGAUAACUAACAAAGAUAUGAUCAACUCUGCGUAUGGGUUGAUAAGUCUCGUGAAUACAUACGGAUUGGAUAUCAAAUCAUUAAUAAAUGGUUUUAUUAAAUAUAAUAACGGAUCCGGAGAUGAAGUGGUCAUCAAAUCUAUUGGUCUACAAAAUCAAACACUAAAUGCUUUCGAUUGUUAUUUAAUCGGAAAAUUAACGUUUGAAAACAUGGAGUACUCGAAGGCAAUGAUAUGGUUAACUGAAGGGAUCACUAAAAUUGAUAACAAGACCACCGAUGAGACAAUUGUAGAAAUUUUCAAAUACCUGUCCUCUUCUGAGCAAAAAAUGAGAAAUUCAAGUGAAGCCCAAAAAUAUUUGAGAAUUUCAAUGGCUAUUAAUCCGGACUUAGAAUCUGUGAAACAACAGCUCAAAUCCGAGACUAAAUUGAAUCCAAUUUACGGAUUGAGUGAAAACGGGGAUCAGUUGUGUAGAGGAGAAAAACUUUUAAACGAUUCAAUUGUUUCGCAAUUAAACUGUUAUUUUCUAAACACGACUGAAAUCCCAUUUUUACGGUUAACUCGUAUUAAAGUGGAAGAGAUGUAUAAAAGACCGCAAAUCCUUGUAAUCCAUGACUUCAUGUCAGAAAACGAAACAAAAACCAUGAUAUCAAUGACCAAACCAUCGCUUCGUCGGCUAAAAGUAGUAAAAAAUAAUGAAUCAAAUAAAUCGGAUUCAGAUAAAGAGGGACUCAAUAUACGGGUGGCAAACGGCAAUUGGUUGUACGAUAGGUCUGAUCGGGUGCUGCAAACUGUGAGCCGACGUAUCGGUGCCAUCACUGGCCUCAACACCAGUUAUGCCGAACCAUACAAUGUUGUCAAAUACAGUGUCGGCGGUUAUUAUGACUAUCAUUACGACUCGUCCAACGCCUAUCGGGAGAGUAACGGAUCCCAACUGAUGGUCACGUGGAUCAACUACUUGGCCGAUGUGGAGGCCGGCGGCGCCACUGUCUUCCCCCUCUUGAAUGUAACCGUUUUGCCCGAGAAGUCUGCGGCACUUUUCUGGCAUAAUCUAUACGACUCGGGAGACACCGAUCCGUUGACACUUCAUAGCGGGUGUCCAGUACUGGUCGGCGACAAAUGGAUUGCCACCAAAUGGAUCCGUACUUAUGGACAAGAAUUCCUUAAACCCUGUUUGAAUGAUUCGCGUCUUUAUAUUAAG